AUGCUUAUAGAAAACAGUAAUGAUCGAUUUGGUAUCGUCAUAGAUGCAGGUUCUUCUGGUUCGAGAAUUCACGUGUUUAAGUGGCAGGACGCAGAAUCACUUCUUCGUGCAAAAUACCAGGUCUCAGACUCCGUGUUUCAGUCAGUACCUCAUAUUCAUCAAGAGAAUGACUGGACUUCCAAAAUUAAUCCAGGUUUAUCCACUUUUGAAAGGAAGCCCAAAGAGUCUUAUAAAUCUCACAUCAAGCCAUUACUUGAUUUUGCUAAAGGAAUUAUUCCUGAAUCGCAUUGGUCAAAUUGUCCCGUUUUUAUUCAGGCCACCGCAGGCAUGCGUCUUUUACCCCAAGACAGACAAUCAGCCAUUUUGGAUGACUUGUGUCAGGGGCUCAAACAUCAUUCAGAAUUCCUAAUUGAGGAUUGCUCCUCACAAAUCCAAGUUAUCGAUGGUGAAACUGAAGGUUUAUAUGGCUGGCUCAGCUUGAACUAUCUUUAUGGACACUUCAAUGACUUUAAUCCGGAAGUUUCAGACCAUUUCACUUUCGGAUUCAUGGAUAUGGGUGGUGCCUCUACUCAGAUUGCAUUUGCGCCGCAUGAUCGAGAAGAAAUUGCUAGACAUAGAGAUGACAUCGCCACUGUCUUCCUGAGGAGCGUUAAUGGAGAUUUACAAAAAUGGGACGUCUUUGUCAGUACUUGGUUAGGGUUUGGUGCCAAUCAAGCUAGAAGAAGGUAUUUGGCUCAGUUAAUCAAUACUCUACCAGAAAACACAAAUAAUUACAAAGAUGAUGACUUUUCUACAAAGACUUUGAACGAUCCAUGCAUGCCGCGAGGAAGUAAUGCUGAUUUUGAAUUUAAAGAUACCACUUUUCAUAUUACUGGUUCGGGGAAUUAUGUGCAAUGUACCAAGUCUAUUUACCCCUUACUUUUGAAAAAUAUGCCUUGUGAUGACGAGCCAUGUUUAUUUAAUGGUGUUCAUGCUCCUCGGAUAGAUUUUGCUAAUGAUAAAUUCAUAGGUACUUCUGAAUAUUGGUACACCGCAAACGAUGUAUUUAAGCUGGGGGGUGAAUACAACUUUGAAAAGUAUAGCCAAAGCGUAAGAGAAUUUUGCAAUUCCAAUUGGACCCAAAUAUUAGGAAAUAGUAAUAAAGGAAUGUAUAAUUCUAUUCCAGAGAGUUUUUUGAAAGAUGCAUGUUUUAAAGGCAACUGGGUCCUCAAUAUACUUCAUGAAGGGUUUGAUAUGCCUCGAAUAGAGGUUGAUGCCGAAAAGAUCGAUAAUGAACCUUUGUUUCAAAGUGUGGAAAAAGUCAAUGAACGAGAGCUAUCCUGGACAUUGGGUAAAAUGUUACUUUAUGCUUCUGGAAGUAUAUUAGCUGGUAGUGAUGAUUACGUAGUAGGCAUUGCACCCAGUGAAAGAAGAACGAAACUCACAGGUAAGAAAUUCAUACCUGGCAAGUUAUUUGGGUCUAAUCAAUUACCUAAGCAAACCCCCAAUUUCUCUACUAAAUGGUUGUUGGUGUGGUUUACGAUAAUCUGUGUCAUAUUUUAUUUGAUCUUUCAUAAUUCUCACACCACCAAAAGGCGAUUUUUUGGAUUCUAUAACGUUACCAAGGACCUCAAGACAGGUAUAAGGAGAAAGUUGAAGUUUUUAACGAGAUCAGAUCCAUUUUCCAGAUUGGAGGAAGGGGAAUUUGGAACAAAUGUGGAUAGUUUGAAAGAUGCGCACAGAAUGAAGUGUAGCAGUAUGUUUGAUCUCGGCAAGAGUUCAGCAACAAUGCAAAGGGAGCACGAACCGCAAAGGACAGCAAGUCAAUCAGCUAAUCUCGCUCCGUCAAACUUACGACCUGCGUUUUCCAUGGCGGAUUUCUCUAAAUUCAAGGACAGUAGGCUAUAUGAUUGA